AUGUUGGUAUAUAGUGAGGAAGAAGCUUACAAUCUGUACAACACUUAUGCUAUAAACAAAGGGUUUAGUGUACGUAAAGGAAAAGUUCGGAGGUAUGAAGGUACUGGUGGUUUGCGGCGACGUAUCUUUUUGUGUUCAUGUGAAGGCUUUAAGGAAGAUGGUCCACUUUUUGAAGAAAAAAAAUAUGAAAGAAUGCUAACUAGGACAGCUUGCAAAGCUCGUGCUGUAUUUAAUGCAGAAAAUGGUAUUUGGGAAUUGGUUAAGUUUAUUUCAGAACAUAACCAUGUACUUGCAAAGCUCGAAGAAAGACACUUGUUGAGGUCAGAGCGAAAGAUUACUAGUACUAGUGCAAAUAUCUUGAGUUCCAUGUCGAAAGUCGGUAUAAGAGCGACUAAGGCAUACUCAUACUUGUCUAAAGAGGCUGGUGGAGUUCAACAUGUUGGGUUCACAGAACGUGAUUGUCAUAACUUCUUACAAUCUGAAAAAUCAAAAUCAAUAGAAGCAGGAGAUGCUCAAACUUCUUUUGUAUGGUUAUUUGAAGCAUUUCUGGAGGCGAUGGGAAAUAAGGCUCCUAGUACAAUUUUCACCGACCAAGAUAGUGCAAUGGCAAAUGCUAUACGUAAGGUGUUACCUAACACGCGACAUCGCCUAUGCACAUGGCAUAUCAUGAAAAAUGCAGCUCAAAAUAUUUCUACUUUGUUUGCAAAUCCUAGGUUCAAGGAUAAGUUGACAAAGCUCUUUUAUGGUUGUGAAACAGAAGAAGAAUUUGAGUCCAUUUGGGGAAAGAUAAAUGAGGAGCAUGACAUUGUAGGGAAUAAAUGGUUGAGUAAAUUAUAUGACGUUCGUGAGAAGUGGUGCCAAGUUUUUAAUCGUGAUACAUUCUCGGCCAAUAUUUUAUCAACACAAAGAAGUGAGAGUACAAAUAAUAUCUUUCAACAUAUUGCUUGCAAGUCCAUGACUCUUACUGAAUUUGUGCAGCAUUAUGAUGGAAGUGCAAGUCGAAUGCCUGAAAUUGAAGUGGCAGAUGAUUUUACAUGUGCUAGAGGUAAGCCUCCCUUGCUAAUGCCUAAUAAUUGUACUUUACUCCAUGCAGCUCAAGUGUAUACACAUAAGAUUUUUAAAAUGUUUCAAGCAGAGUUCUUAAAAGCUUUAAAUGAACAAAUUAUUCAUGUUAAUUCUGUUGGGGAACUUCUCAUUUACAAUUUGAAAGGCAUGGGUUGCAAUAGAGAACAUAUGGUAGAAUUUCACUAUUCUAAUCUCAUUGUUCAGUGUAGUUGUAAAAGUUUUGAAUCUUUGGGCUUGUUGUGUCGACAUGGUUUAAAGCUAUUGAAUCAUAAUGCCAUCCAAAAUAUUCCAAGUGAUUAUAUUUUGAAGAGGUGGACAAAAGGUGUAAAGGAAGUGAUUAUCAUUGAUGAAAAUGGUGAGAUAUCCAAGAAUGCAGCAACAUCGUCAAAGACAAUCUUUUUGAACAAGCUCAUGUGCAAAGCUUUUAGUGUUAUGAGUUUAAGUGCAUAUGAUGAUGAAACAUUUAUGGUUGCAAAUGGCCAUCUAGACCAAAUUGUACAAGAAGUUAGAAAUAUUAAAUCAAGGAAUGUGAUGGAUGGUAGUAAUUCUGAUAGAGUUGAUGUUGCAAAUGAAGUAAAUGGCUCAAUUGAUGAAAAUGUGGUGUUGGAUCCUCCCCGUAUGAGGCCAAAAGGGGUAACAUAUGGUAGAAUUAAGGGCAGCUUGGAGAAGCGAAAGAAAAAGCCAAAAAAAAGGGUAACAACAUCUGUAAGAGAAGAUUUAAGGGUUUCUUUCUCUCAACAAAUGGUUUUUGGAUAUCAUAAAAGUCCUUUUGUAAGCUUUCAACAAAUGCAAUCUUUUUUGCCAAAUCAAGCAAGUCACAAUUCUAAUAACUUUAAUCAGAUGUUUGAGAAAUGA